AUGGAAUCACAUCCUGAUUUCACCGAAUUGAUCCCAGGUUUACCUGAUGAAAUAGCGCUAGAGUGUUUGACUCGUUUGCACUAUGGAGCUCACGACGUCGCCUCUCAUGUCUGUCAACGGUGGCGUCGCCUGAUACAAAACCGGGAAUUCUAUUACCACCGGAAAAGAAGUGGGUUCACUCGGAAAGCUGUUUGUUUCGUCCAAUCGCUUCCGAUUCACUCUACAUCAAAUGUUAAACCCGAAAAACAACCGAAAUACGGGUUAUCGGUUUUCGAUCCGAUUACAGGUAUUUGGGACCAAAUCGACCCUGUUCCCAAGUACCCAGACGGGUUGCCGUUGUUUUGCCAGGUUACAAGCUCGGAGGGGAAACUAGUGCUGAUGGGCGGGUGGAACCCGGUGAGUUGGGAACCUAUUCGCGACGUGUUCGUGUACGAGUUCACUACUCGGAGGUGGACUCAACGAGUUAAUAUGCCAUCAACUCGUUCCUUUUUCGCAACCGGCGCGUGUGACGGGAAAGUCUACGUCGCCGGUGGACACGACGAGAGUAAAAACGCUCUGAAAAGCGCGUGGGUAUACGAUAUCUCCGCCGACGAGUGGACCGAGUUGACUCCGAUGAGUGAGGAGCGAGACGAGUGCGAAGGAAUGUUCGUCGGGUCAGAGUUCUGGGUCGUGAGCGGCUACGAAACCGACAGCCAAGGUCGUUUCAAAAGCAGCGCGGAUGUUUUCGACACCACCACCGGCACAUGGCGGCGCGUGGAGGAAGCUUGGGGAGUGAGUCGGUGCCCUAGGUCAUGUGUGGCGGUUGGUCAAAACGGUAAUUUCACGUCUUGGGAUGAGGUCGAACCGGCGGUUCAAGUCGGGACCUGCGGGGUUGACCUUGGUGACUGCUCCGUGGUUACCGGUUCGGCUUACCAAGGAGCACCUCAAGCGGUUUUUGUGAUGGAAAAGUCCAACCAAGGGCAAAAUGGUAAAUUGAUAAAGGCCGACGUCCCCGAUGAGUUCUCUGGGUUUGUACAGUCGGGUUGCCUCGUCGAGAUAUAA